AUGACGCGUCUCGCGGAUGUGUUGGAUGUUCAUGAUCUGUCUACUAAAACAGAUGCAGGAAGUAUCGAGGGUGUGUCCUGGAUGCUAAGCUCUGCGAAAGCACGACACGGGAUCGCGCAACUUACGUCGGACGAUCUUGAUACCCUGUGGCAGAGCGAUGGAAUCCAACCACAUCUUGUGACGAUACAUUUCCCUAGGCGCACGCCUGUGACCCACCUGUCGAUCUACCUAGACUGUUGUCGAGAUGAUUCGUAUACGCCGACAAAGAUCCUUGUGAAAGCUGGCACACAUCCAUACGAUCUUGUUGAUGUCCGUUACAGACAAGGCGCCACCACGGUUAUCCGUGCCAUUGAAGUAUUUGUGUUGCAAGUUUGUAUCUUAGGAAACCACUUAAAUGGCAAAGACACCCACAUCCGGUGCCUCAAGGUGUUUGGGCCACCUGGAACUGGUGUAAGGCAAAGAACCCAAGAUCUGUCCAUGUCCCAAACCGUCAUGUCUAAGCGUCUCGUACAGCAAGGCAUGCAAACUGAAGCAUUUCGUCGGCAAGCUGAACGUGUUGGUUAUGACCGUGCUCUGUCACAAUUGGAGCGAAUCAUGCAGAAGAGCUCUCAAAAUGUGGUAGAUAUACCUCCAGCUCCGCCCGUACAGCCUAACCUUCAACGCUCGCUCCUGAACUUAUCCCAUACACUUCGAUAG